CGGUGUGUGAGCAGAGCAGUGUAGGAGGAAAAAAUAAGCCUACUGUAAAUCUGUGUGUACGUUAGAGUAACGGUUCCCCUUCUGCCGCCGCCCAUGGACGCCCACGAACAACACAGCCCCAUUAGGAACAAAUAAACCCGCCGAGCGAGGCUUGAUUCCCGGUAUAUCUCGGUGGACCAGUCCCCUAUGAUGGAACGGGCGAUGGAGCAGCUCAACGUACAGCUCAGCCGCCUGACCCGCUCCCUCCGCCGGGCCAGGACCGUGGAACUCCCGGAAGACAAUGAGACUGCAGUGUACACGCUUAUGCCAAUGGUCAUGGCUGACCAGCACAGGUCAGUGUCAGAGUUGCUGCUUAACUCCAAGUUUGAUGUGAAUUACGCCUUUGGACGAGUAAAGAGAAGUCUUCUACACAUUGCUGCCAACUGUGGCUCGGUGGAGUGUUUAGUUCUGCUGUUGAAGAGAGGAGCCAACCCAAACUACCAGGACAUCUCAGGCUGUACCCCUCUACACCUCGCUGCUCGGAACGGGCAGAAGAAGUGUAUGGGCAAACUACUGGAGUAUAAUGCUGAUGUCAACAUCUGCAACAAUGAGGGGCUGACUGCUAUCCACUGGUUGGCAGUGAACGGGAGGACAGAGCUCCUCCAUGACCUGGUCCAGCAUGUGUCCAACGUGGAUGUGGAGGACGCCAUGGGCCAAACAGCCCUACAUGUAGCCUGUCAGAAUGGACACAAAACUACGGUGUUGUGUCUUCUGGACAGUGGCGCUGACAUCAACCGGCCCAACGUCUCUGGAGCCACGCCUCUUUAUUUUGCCUGCAGCCAUGGCCAAAGAGAUACAGCGCAGAUCCUGCUCUCUCGGGGUGCCAAAUACCUUGCUGACAGGAAUGGAAUCACUCCGCUGGAUCUCUGUGUGCAGGGUGGAUAUGGGGAGACAUGUGAGAUCCUCAUCCAGCACCACAGCAGACUUUUCCAGACCCUCAUCCAGAUGACACAAAAUGAUGAUAUGAAAGAGAACAUGCUCAGACAGGUUCUGGAGCAUGUCUCUCAGCAGAGUGACAGUCAUUACCAGAGGAUCUUGACAAGUCUUGCUGAAGUGGCUACCACCAAUGGACACAAGCUUCUCAGCCUGUCCAGCAGUUAUGAAGCUCAAAUGAAGAGUCUGCUGAGGAUUGUUCGUAUUUUCUGCCAUGUGUUCCGCCUGGGGCCUUCAUCACCCAACAAUGGCAAUGACAUGGGCUACAAUGGCAACAAGACGCCUCGCAGCCAGGUCUUUAAGAUGUGUGCGAGACAGAUGGAGGUGGCGACGAUACAAAAAGAUGAAUGUUCCUGGACAGGUUCUGCUGUCUUUGAUCCGUUGGAGCUGCUGUGGCACUCCCUGGACGAGUGGCUGGUCCUUAUCUCUACAGAGCUCGACAGGAACAGGAAGAACCCAUCGUCCUCUUCUUCAAGCAGUGAGAUAGCAACUCUGCUUCUCAAACAGCGGGAGGUCGAUCACUCUGGUUCCACGCCAAAGUUGCCCUCCUUGUUGGACCCUCAGAAAGUCAUGGAAACAGAGGUGUAUGCCGAUGGGGAGGAUGUCAUCUCCAUGACAGCCAGUCGGCUCAGUGCUGUGAUCCAAGCCUUCUAUAUGUGCUGCUCCUGUCAGAUGCCACAAGGAAUGACGUCUCCUCGCUUUAUUGAGUUUGUCUGCAAGCAUGACGAGGUGCUCAAGUGUUUUGUAACCAGGAAUCCAAAGAUUAUCUUCAACCACUUCCAUUUUCUUUUGGAGUGUCCAGAAUUGAUGUCACGCUUUAUGCAUAUAAUAAAGGGCCAGCCUUUCAAGGAUCGCUGUGAGUGGUUCUAUGAGCAUCUGCUAGCCGGCCAGCCAGACUCAGACAUGGUUCAUCGUCCAGUCAACGAGAACGACAUUCUGCUCAUUCACAGAGAUUCCAUAUUCAGGAGUAGCUGUGAGAUGGUUUCCAAGUCCACCAAUGAGAAACUGAAACAGGGCAUCGCUGUUCGCUUCCAUGGCGAGGAGGGGAUGGGCCAGGGUGUGGUGCGGGAGUGGUUUGACAUCCUGUCCAAUGAGAUCAUCAACCCAGACUAUGCUCUGUUCACUCAGUCAGCUGAUGGUACCACUUUUCAGCCCAACAGUAACUCCUCUGUGAACCCGGACCAUCUGAACUACUUCCAGUUCGCAGGUCAGAUCCUGGGUCUGGCGCUGUACCACAGACAGCUGGUCAACAUCUAUUUCACCCGCUCCUUCUACAAACACAUCCUGGGUAUUCCAGUGAACUACCAGGAUGUGUCGUCUAUUGAUCCUGAAUAUGCAAAGAACCUGCAGUGGAUCCUGGACAACGACAUCAGUGAUCUGGGUCUGGAGCUCACCUUCUCUGUUGAAACGGACGUGUUCGGGGCGAUGGAGGAAGUACCGCUCAAACCCGGAGGGAUCAGCAUCCUGGUCACCCAGGACAACAAGGCAGAGUACGUCCAGCUGGUGACAGAGCUGAGGAUGACUCGUGCCAUCCAGCCUCAGAUUAACGCCUUCCUUCAAGGAUUCCACACCUUCAUCCCUCCUUCACUCAUCCAGCUGUUUGACGAAUAUGAAUUGGAGCUCCUGCUGUCAGGGAUGCCAGAGAUCGAUGUGCAGGAUUGGUGCAGGAACACUGAGUACACCAGUGGUUACGACCCUCAGGAGCCCGUCAUCCAGUGGUUCUGGGAGGUUGUGAACAGCCUGACCCAGGAGGAACGGGUUCUUCUGCUUCAGUUUGUCACUGGAAGUUCCAGGGUUCCUCAUGGUGGCUUCGCCUACCUGAUGGGCGGCAGUGGUUUACAGAAGUUCACCGUUGCUGCAGUGCCAUACACCUCCAACCUACUGCCUACCUCUAGUACCUGUAUCAACAUGCUGAAACUACCAGAAUACCCAAGCCAGGAGGUCCUAAGAGACCGGCUUCUGGUAGCGCUGCAUUGUGGGAGCUACGGCUACACCAUGGCGUAAACACCCUGUCAGUUCCUGCUGCUGUGAGGGGAACACCCCACGGACACUCGUUCUUUAGUCAUGCGCUGUCUUGCUGGACAAUAAAGGGAAAUCCAGAUUCUUAUUAUUCUGCUGCUGGAGAGGCACAGCAGACUGUAUGGAGACUACAAGUUCUGCAUCCCUGUGCCAGAACCUCUAUUUUUGGAUUGAAUGGUAAUUUAUGCAAAUAAUUAUUGAAUAAUUUCUAAAUUUCACUAUUUUCAUGCAUACUUUUAUUUUAAAGAACAGCAUUUAUUCUAUGAAUUAUCUAAUUAAACACAGGAUAAUCAUCCAAAUAAAACAUAUUCAUGCAUGGUUACUGAAUUAUUUGAGGACUUUGCAUAUGUUUCAAACAUGGAAUCAAUCAUACUGCAUCAUAUCUGUCACAGUUUAAAAUGCAUCAGGCCCACAUACCAGCACACUGAUAUAAUAGACCUUUUUGCCUCAUGUUAUGUUUUAAGAAUUUUUACAUUUAUUUUAUUGUUUUUCUUUUUUUGUUAGUUGUGUGUGUGUGUAUCCCUUUCUCUCUUAGCACUCCUUUUCUUUUGGGCUAGUAGCUCUUCUUCACGUACCUUCAGGGCUGGUGUGAUCAAAGCUUAGAAUACCAAGGUGCCAAUAUGAUACCUGAUUUUUGAUACCAUAUGACACUGUGAAAAAACCAAAAUCUUUUUAUUAUUAUUAUUUUUUAAAUACAGUCAAAUCAAUGAACUAUGUGGCCAGAAGUAACAUUCAUACCAUGUUUGAUAGUUGAUCAUGUCAUUCUAUGAUUCUCUGUACUAGAAGCCAUUGAGCAUGGGAUGAUUGUUGAUUGACUGUUGACACAAAGUUGUAAGAAUAUGUUUGUCUCUCAUCGUUUGUUGUGGUAUUAAGAUUUAACAUCAUUUGAAUUUCUAACCUAAACAGGAGAAACCAAAAAACCAAAAGUAAACUGAGAUACAUAUAAAGAGGAGUGUUCGCAUACUUCUGUAUGUAAAACUGCAAAUAAUGAUUAUGAUCAUUAUUAUUAUUUUACUCCAUAGGUUCAUAGGUUGGUUCCAGUAUUUCUAGUCUGAAUAUAAUUCAUUUUGGCUGAGGUAUUUUCCAUACGUCUACAUAGCUGCAUGAACUCGCCCUCCAUCCCUGAGGCAUAAAAUGCAUGCGGUUUACUCUGUGAAAUUUGUGCUUAAUUAAUGAAUAGAAUAAUAUCUUCAUUAGUGAUAGAAUUCUGUUUGUAUUUGUUCCUGUUUAAACCUUCACAAGGAGCAGUACAAUAUAUCUACAUGAUAAAUGUGUGGCUUGCAGUGCCAAAAAACAAAAUCAUUUGAAAUGCCUUUAAUUUGUAUUUUUGCCACAACAAACAUGCUGAAUAUGUGUUUUGUUUUGGGGUUUUCUGAAAGAGGACGGGAUCAUGCUGUCAAGUUUUCCUUCUUUCCAUGUGUAAAGGGAGUGUACAUGUUAUGAGCAUUUAUUAUUUUGUACUGUAAGUAUUGUUUUGAAAGCCUUGCCUGAAAUGCUUUUGUAAACUGCUGUUAUUGUUGACUGAAAAUGGAGCCUUUAUAAAUAUUUCUGUUUACGUCAUCAGUAUCAAAUCAUGUAUUUUACCACAAAUAUAUGUUGUGCUUUUGGAUUUUAUCCAAUAAAACUUGUUUUUACAGUC